AUGGACUUGUUCACGUUGCAGGCAAAGGCGGCUCUUGAUGAGCAGCGUCCUCCACUAUCACAAAUACCUACGCAUGUACCUGUGCGUGCUGCGAGGUCGCCAAGCAGGCAGGCCCCUGCGCUACCGUUGUUCUGCACCGGACGAGGAGCAUCGUCGCUCGCAGCUCGCCGUCGCGCCACGACGACGACAACCACGACGACUCGGGACCCAUCGCAGCAACUCAGCCGGGAAAGCCACCAACAAAGGCACACGGACGGCUCGGCGGCAUCGGCGUAUGGACGGGCGGGCCUCUCAAAUGCUUGCUUGCUUGCUUGCUUGUCCACCAAGCUAGAUCUCUGUCCGGUUACCGAAUCGUCGCCCAUCCAGCUUGUGCGACCUCGCUGA